AUGUCGGAGAAGGAGAACCAUGUGGCGGAGCUCAGAGGCACCGUCACACCGGAACCCCAACCCGACCCUGUUUGUGAUAAGCUGGAUCCAAACAACUACAUACGCCACAGACUUACAAGGCCUGCUACCAACUAUGUGAAUGGCAAGUAUUGUAGGGAUCUUUCUAACCUCAAGAGGAAUCCGGCAAAGAUCCUUCAUGUGAGUGGUUAUGCAUUUGAUAACAGCCUUCAGCCAGAAAACUGUGUACCAAUCAAGCCAUUUAAGCUCGACUUUGAUGAAACAGCUCUUUUGGAUCUUAUUCCAUUUCUUGAAUAUGAAUAUGUUGCUCGUAAUUUUCCUGCUGAUAUCAGAACUGUGCUAUCAUCCUAUGAAAGAAAGGAUGUUGCAAAGGAGUUCCUCGAGCGCUCAAAUAAGUAUCAUAGGUACGAGUUGUUUUCUGUGAUUGUUUUUACUUAUACCAUAAUUUUUACUCGUAAAGUAAAACAAGAAGUGAAUUUAGUGAGCUGCCGUUUGAAAUGA